UUAUUAUAGUCCUCAUGACUUCGACCAUACAAACCUAAUCUAUAAAUUGCAUCCCCACCGUAUGAGGCGGACUCCUCAACUUUACCAAACAAGACUUCUCCUCCACGGCCACCAUUUCGACCCAUUCUAUCAGCCUCAAACGCCGGCCGGUCCUACUCAGUUUUUCUUUCCUUUACGGUGGAAAAACUGGCCGGAAAGAAGUUGUCAAUAAUAGAUUAUCGAGCGAAACCGACAAAAGUCGCAAUUUUUUAGGGCGGAGAAAUGGUUUUCUUUACUAUAGUGCCCUCAUACUGGGCAGGACCUACAAGGCUCCAAUACCUACAAGCUUCCCCAUCAUAUGAACACUCUCCCUCUCUUUCUCUGUCUCUAACCCUAGAAAUGAAGAUGGAUUACUACCCAAAGAGCUCCAUCUCGUACCUCGCUCUCCUCUCCCUUCUCUUUGCCAGCUUUCUCUACCUCUGGAUCACAACUUCGUCUUCCACCUCAAACCCUUUGUUCCCUAUUCACUCCCAACGCAACUGCUUACCACGAAAUGAGACCGCGGUCGCUGCCGCCCCCACCACUGCCAGUGCCAUCCCAAGGGACGACCUUGAGCUCGCGCUGAGCAAGGCAUCGAUGCCGAACAGGACGGUGAUCAUCGCGGUGGUGAACCGGGCCUAUGCUGACCCCGGCGCGGAGGUGGACUCGGGUGCGACGAUGCUGGACCUGUUCAUCCGGAGCCUGUGGCUCGGGGAGGGGACGAGGGGGCUGCUGGACCACGUGCUGGUGGUGGCGAUGGACCGGGCGGCGUAUCGGAUGUGCCGGUUCCGGCGGCUGAACUGCUACCGGUUGGAGACGGACGGCGUGGAUUUCAGGGGAGAGAAGGUGUACAUGUCGGAGGACUUCAUCAGGAUGAUGUGGAGGCGGACGGCCUUUCUCGGCGACGUUCUCAGGCGUGGUUACAACUUCGUCUUCACGGACACUGACGUGAUGUGGCUGAGGAAUCCGUUCAAAAAGCUGAGCAAGAACGAAAGUGAGGACCUCCAGAUCAGCACCGACGUCUUCAACGGCGACCCGUGGUCGGAGGACAACUUCAUCAACACCGGAUUCUACUUCAUCCGGUCGAACAACAAGACGGUCGCGCUGUUGGACGAGUGGUACUCAAGGCGAGAGAACGCCACGGGCAAGAAAGAGCAGGACGUCCUGUUAGACCUAAUCCACGAGGGCGCAUUCAAGAGACUCAAUCUCAGCGUGCGGUUCUUGGACACGCUCUUCUUCAGCGGAUUCUGUGAGGAUAGCAAGGAUUUCAGAGAAGUCGCGACGGUCCACGCGAACUGCUGCCGGAGCAUAAAGGGCAAGGUUUUCGACCUGACCGUGGUGCUUCGAGAUUGGAAGAGGUUCAAGUGGUCGAGGAAGAAGAUGGUGGCCGUUAACGGAACCACGGCAGCGAGCUGGAAAUGGACGAACCAUAUGGGGUGUUGGCGAGCUUGGCGGGUGCAAGGCAAUAGAAAUAAUUAAGAUGGUUCUCACUUCUGUUUUGUUGGCCAUCCUUUCUGUUUUAAUUUUCUUUUGGUGCAAGCUAUGUCAUUAGAUCAUUGAGCAUUCAUGGAAUUUAGAAUGUAAUAAAUAUGACGACUAUAAGAAAAAUAAUAUAUAUGUCUCUCAUCGUUGUUCUUGUCGGUAAA